GCUAAUAGUUACUUAUUGUAAAUUGUAGAUAUGAGUAAAUUCAAGAAGUUUCAGCUUAUUAUUCGGUGGAAUGGAAGGGUUACAAACUCUGACAUAGGGAUUGAUUAUGAGGACGGUGUAUCCACUAUGCUGAAAAUUGAGUCGCGAUUCAAUUUUCAAGAACUCUGUGAUAUUUGUGCAGACAGGGUUUGUACGAGCGGACAGACGAGACUUGGUAUAAUUAGUUACCGGUAUCCAUGUAUGAGUACUGGCGGGCUUGUGUACCAAGAAGUUGUCAUAAACGAUGAUGACGCGGUUACGAUGAUGUUACAGUUCCUAAGCGAUAACGGGAUGCGGCAAGCAGAGGUGUAUGUUGAGACUGAGACGGUCGGUGAAACUCAUUCUCACCAGUAUUCUUAUGAUGAUGGUUUUGCAGGAGGGUACAGAUGGGGUGGUAGUUCGAGAAACUACGAAGGAGGUGGUUAUACAAGAGGUUACGGAGAGGGUGGUAGUUCAAUCAACUACGGUGGAGGUAGUAGUGCAGGAUGGGUGCCAUCGGAAGAAUACUCGCAACAGGAUCAACCUUCCGAUGGCGUUCAAUGGCCUGCUUGGAGGCCGGGGUGGGCUGAAAUCGAGAAUACCAUUCGAUCAGGGCGUACUUCACAUGAGCGAGAAAACGGUGUUGGUGAUGGUGGUCAUGUUGAUCCUUCUGGGCCGAGCUAUCCAUUCGACUCGAGCGACGAUGAUACUAAGGAAGAUUUGAGAUCAGUGAGCGAGGAGGAAGAUACUGAUGAUAACGACGACGAGGCGGUAUUUCGUGAGGCACCGACGCCAUACUACACACAGGUUCCAACUCAAUUUUUACAUAGUCAGAAUUAGGGGUGUACAUGGGUCGGGUGCUUCGGGUUUAGCUAUUUUAAUCACCCGACUACGGUUCGGAAAAUAUCAAACCCAAAUCCACCCAAAAAAAUUUAAACCCUGCGGUUUGUUUCUAAUUGGGUUGGGUCGGGUUGACGAUAUUUUUAAGUAAAAACCCAACCCAACAUAAAAUAUAUAAUUAUUAUACAUCAUAAAAAUAUUUUAUAACUAAUUAAAAUUUCAAACGAAUAAACCGAGGUGAAAAGUAUCAAAAUUAACAAAUGUUGUUUGAAUUUUAAUAAAAUGUGAUUUACUUCAACAUAUGUCUAGUUUUUUUCACGAUAUUUGUUGAAAUAGGCUAAAAAGGUUAUAAACAAACGCAUCCAUAAUAUGUUGUUCUAUUAAAAUUGUACAUAAGAAAAAAGAUUACGUGAAUCAUAACUAUAUUCAAUUUAUGUCAAAACUUUAAGUCUACAAAUGCAUUAGAUUAGGGAGACCAUGAGAGAAAAACAUGGCGAAAUAUCUUAAUUUUCUCAUAAGUAUGGCUAUAUACGACAUAAAUAUUUUUUAGAUAGGAACUCAUACUAAUAGUUGGAACAUGGGUUGGGUCGGGUUCUACGGGUUGUGUAAUCCAAAAUUUAACCCAACCCAAAAGAGGCGGGUUGUACAAAAGAAAACCCUCACCCAACCCAAAACCUUCGUUUUAGCGAUAAAUACGGGUGGGUUGGGUCGGGUUGGAUGGGUGGGUCGGUUUACGGGUGUGUUUGUUCACCCCUAGUCAGAAUGAUGCCCCCGACUUUGUCCCUAUGCCAGUGUAUAAUCCGACGGCCAAUUUGGAGGUGGGUAUGGCGUUCUCAUCGAAGGACGCUGUGCAAGAUGCCUUUACCGAAGAGGCCUUGAGGCGCAAUUUCGAGUGGAAGGUCAAAUAUUCUGACAGUAAACAAUUACAUGUCAUAUGCAAGAAUUACAUAGAGGGCUGUACGUGGCAACUGCGGCUGCAAAUAUGAAGAGAAAUGGUGCUUGGGUGAUUCGAAAAGCUGAGACCAACCACACUUGCUCCUCGUCCAUACGUUCCCAGGAUCACAAGCAACUUAAAGCAAAGAAAAUUGGGAGAACUAUUAAGCACCUUAUCGAAGCACAACCAGAUAUCAAGGUCAAAGCUAUCAUGGCCGAGGUGAAGGAUCUACAUUCUUACACGAUAAGGUACAAAAAAACAUGGCAUGGAAAGCAGAAAGCCAUGGUUGAGGUGUAUGGUGAUUGGGAGGAUUCGUAUGCUUUACUCCCUAGACUUAUGGCCGCAAUGGAGGAGUCCAACCCUGGGACGGUUUUCGUGCCAGUAUACAACAAUGUAUGCACUGAGGAUCAAGUUUGAGUACAGGAGAAGUUGAUGUUUCACCAUCUUUUUUGGGCAUUCAAACCAUGCAUUGACGGGUUUGCGUUCUGCAUACUGGUUAUUCAGGUAUUUUAAUACAUGUUUACUAUUUGAAAUGUUUGUAUUCUUUCCUCCCAAGUAAAUUUCAUACUAAUUACUUCCUAAUAUUUAAUUAGGUUGAUGGAAUUUUCCUUACUGGGAAGUACAGAGGAACUCUUCUCAUUGCCACUGGCGUUGAUGGAAACAGGUGGAUUUUCCCGCUUGCAUUUGCAAUAGUGGAAGGGAAGAAUAGCUUAAGUUGGGCAUGGUUCUUUGACCAACUACACGAACACGUGACACAACGGGAGGGUAUUACACUUAUAUCCGAUCAACACGCGGGGAUUAGGAAUGCCGUGGGUGGUUUCCAUGACGAGUGGGGAUGGACAUGGCGCUGGUGUAUUCGACACUGGCUCGCCAAUUUACAACACAAAUUUGGAAAGAAGAAAGACAUCAAAUAUCAAUUGUGGCAUGCAGGUACUAAUGUCCUUUAAUGCGAGUUAAGUAUGUGUUUAAUAAUUUGUUGUUUAUCAUGUAUUGACCAUUUUGAUAUUGUUCACCUUACAGCGGUUGCACAUCAGCCAAAAAAGUACGAGCAAAAGAUGAAGACGAUCCGUCAGACCCACCGAGCUGGAGCAGUAUGGGAUGAAGGUCAAGAGUUGGCCAUGUGGACGUUCCAUAUGCACAACGGGGCCAGAUGGGGCAUUGCAACUACCAACCGUGGAGAAAGUAUAAAUAAUGUGUACAAGGGCCUUCGAGUGAUGCCUAUUUCUGUCAUAGUGGAGAUGUCAUACUGGAAGGUCAACGAGUGGCGGGUGGCUCGGUUGCAGCUAGCGAUAGGGAGGGAGAUAUCUGGUCAUCCGAUAUCACAUGACGUCUUUGAGCAAAUGCAGAAGAACGAAGAAAAAUCAAGUAAGCAUAAAGUUGUUCUUUUCGAUCGCAGUGAAGGGAUAUAUGCAGUGGAAACAGGUGUAUGGGGUGGAGGUAGACGUGGCCACAAACACGGGGCAUUCACUGUGUUUGUCUAAAACGGUGAAUGCACCGCGUUUGUCCACGUCAGCGAUCCGCGUCGCAUUCAUCGUGGCCUUAAAGAACGGGGAGAACUUCACCGCGUUUAAUUAAAACGGUGAAUGACUCACUCGUUACUCACCGUUUUAAACAAAAACGGUGAACACGUCACCGUUUUAUUUAAAAACGGUGAAAUGUUCACCGUCUUUGUCAAAUGCGAUGAUUAUAUUCACUGCGUUUGUAAAAAACGGUGAAUGUGAAACAUGUGUAGUUUUGGAAUUUUUUUUAUAACUUACAUAUUUUGGGAAUUUUUUAUAGAACUUAUGUACUUUGGGAUUUUUUCCCUAAGAAAAGUCUGGAAGGCCUUCAUAGAACUUACCCAUGGCAAACGCGAUUGUACCUGAACUGCAUGUCCCACGAAAACAAUACCUGCUCCACUGUGACAAACUCAAAAGUCUUUUGUAACACUUGGCAACAAAGACUAAUAGAGACGUUCUAGCUCACUUAAACACCUUGGCUAGUCUGUGUCAACUUUUCGAGAAGCAAAAUAUACUCCAAAGGGUAUAAUCACGCCUGAACCCUAGGGGAAGGAUCUACACGUUCGGCCAAGUCCAACCCUCUCCCUGCUUGGGUUGCAUGAGUCGGAACUAAAGGCCCAAUCCAAAACAAGCACCCAAACUACAACUGGCCCAAUACAAUAUGACAUACGUACAAGAAUGAAAAACGACAUACACUCGUCUAACACAAAUAACCACUACAAGAAAAUUAGAUUUUGGAGAUAAAAGUUAUUUGCGUUUAAAAGUCACUUAUUUGUUUUUGUAUGUCUUUGGAUGCAGAUACAUUAUUUGCAUUAUUUGUCUUCGUCUCGAAUUUUUUUUAGAGUCAAAUACGGACGCAAAUAAUUUCUACCUCUAAUAAUGGAAUUCGAGGCAAAUGAUUUUGUUGGUAAUCCUAUUUUUAAAAGCCAAUUUCUUUUCCGUAUUUACUUUUAGAGAGGGUUACAUUUGUUUGAAAUACUGGUUCUUGAGUCAACAACAUUUGCGUCUAAAGAACUUGUUUUGCAUACAUAUAUAUUUGUAUCUAAUGGGUAUAUUUUGAAGCAAAUAAUUUAUCUACAUAUGAAAUUUUAAUGCAAUUAGUCUACGUUGGUAACUUGGUAUGACAUAUAAGAGACAAAUAUAAUUGUCUUUAAUAGCCUCCUUUUGAAGCACAUUAAAUUGUUUGUGUUUUUUUUUAUUACGUUUAGAGGCAAAUGAUAAUGUCUUCUGGAGGCUUUUAUAUUAUUGCUUCUAAUAGUAUAAUUUUGGAAAACUUAUUUUUCUCCUAAUUAUUGUUUAUAGAGGAAAAAAUUAAUUUAGAGAAGACAUUUAUAACGCACAAUGGACUUUAAAAUACGGUGCCAAUUUAUAAAAUAUAAAUAUAAUAACCACAUAAACUUACAAUCCAGCACAAAAUUCUUAUAACAACUAAACAGAGAAAAGUAUGUAGGUGUUCCCUCACGACAAAGUUCAACUAUUAAACAAAAGGGGUCUAUUCAACUAAGACAAUCUUCAUCAUCACCAAUAGCUCUAACCAAAGAUCACAGAGGUCUGACAGCACCGGUAUUCUUCACCUGUCAUACAUGAACAUAAUGAACCAAAUCAGUCACGUACCAUAUAAGUAAAUGAAACUCACAAAAAUAAUAUUGAACUUACAAAGCGUGACGGCCAAGCGAUCGACUCUGCUACCGCAUUUCCAUGGUUUGAUAACUUGCAUAUGGUCGCACCAAAGGCUCAUCAGGCUUGAAUGCAACUUCAACAAAUAUUUCGUAGACACCUUUUUCCAAUUCUUGAUCCCCUACACGACAAAGUGAAUUUUUGCUCACAAUACCUUCUUUUGCUACCUCAACAUCAGUAUCAUGUAAACUUUGCAAUACAACACAUGAGAGUCCUUAUAACAAAAAAAAUAAAAAUGUACGGCGUUAACAUGGAAGAUGGACAUAAAUAAGUUUGAAAAAUUAGAGAUUAGGCUUGUGUGGGUUAUUUGUGAGCAAAAAAAGACAUACGGGAGUAGGUAUUUUAAAAAAAAUUGCAAAAAUAGCACCCAGCCGAAAAAAAUUUACACUAGCACCCUUUUUUAUGGAACGCACUUUAGAGGUGCAUUUUAUAUAUAAACCGCACCCUCAUGAUGCGUUUUAUACAUAAACCGCACCUCUAAGGUGCGGUUUGCGCCACGUCAGACUGGGAACCGCACCUCCAUGGUGCGGUCUGUGUUUGGUGGGCAGCGGCCUUGCAGACCGCAGGAUUGUGUGGCGAUCUAGCGGGCAGGAGCAAUGCCACGUCAGCGAUCCGCACCGUGGAUCGCAGAACGCAGCGAGUAGGAGUGGUUUGGCAGCGUGGAUCGUGGAUCGCGGAACGCACCGUGAAUGAGCGGUCAGCGCCUCGAGACGCGGAGAUUGCAUCGGGAGGGAGCGGUUUCUGCUCUGGCAAAAUUACCAGACCUCCCCUGAAGGGUGCGGUAUGAAUGGUAUAAAUACCCCUCCCCCCUCUCAUUUUUUCACACCACAACCAUUCUCCACUCUCUCUCUCUAGAAUUAUCUCUCUAAACCCUCCCCUCCCAAAAGCCUAGGAAAUAGUGGUCUGCUGGUUGAGGCUAAGUCCGAUCUGCCAUCAGAAAACAUUUCUUAGGUUUUUUCCUCAAAAUCCGCCGAGCCGAAUCUCUGUCCGAAUUUUGGUUUUUUCCUCAAAACCCGCCAAGCCGAGCCGAAUCUUUGUCCGAAUUUCCCGAAAAAAUGGCCGAUUGGUGGCAAGGAGAGGGAGUUUAUGUUGAUGAAUUUCAAGCGGUACGUACUCAUGAUUCUGGUUUAAUUUUUGUUGUUGUUAUAAGAUUUUUAAUUAAUCUAUGUACUAAUGAUAACGAUGUAAUUGCACCUAUUUGCACCCCUAGUUCUUAUCCGUUUGAGGGGCAUAGUCGUGUAUUAUUGACCUAUUUUACGCCGGGUUGUGCUACUUUGUCAUAUUUCAGGUCCCAGGCGUCAAAGGAAAGGCUAAGCACGAGUUUCAGGGCAUUCGGAAGUCAUUCGGUGGAGCUGAAGCCAAAACACGGGCACACUUAAAUCAGAACACGGCCGUGUUCCUAGGCUGUGCUUUUACUGCCGAGAGCUGAUUUGAGUUUGGCAAACACGAGCUGAAAACACGGGCAGGGCUGAGAAAUUACACGGCCGUUUCCACCAAAGCACGGCCGUGUCCACCCAAAAGCACGGUCGUGUUUCUCCCAACAGGCUGGCCGUGUAAUUAACCCUAGCCAAAGCACGGGCGGGCUGGAGCAAAGCACGUCCGUGCCCUCGACCGUGCUUUGCCCAGUGAUGCCUUUUUAAGCAGAUUUCAGCCAAAAGAGAAGGGGAUUCGAGUUUUAGAGAGACAGAGCGAUUCCUAGAGGGAGAAAGCGACGAACAAGAGUUCCCAAGUGCCCUAGCUUGAUCUUCAUCACCAUUGGAGCUUGGCUUGAGCUUGGAGAAGUGCUGAUCAACGUCCAGGAGCAGGAAUCCAUCCUUCACAGUAUGAAUUCCGCGUCUGAUUCUGCUUUUGCUUCUUUCUCCAUGGAGUAGUUCUCCCAUUCAUCUGGGUAUGGAGAACCCUAGAUUUGUAUGUUAGGUUUGAUUGUAUGAACCCAAGUACUGAUUCUAUGAUUUGAUUAUAUUCAAUUGAGGUUUGAAUGAUUGAAUGACUUGAAUCCUGAUCAAAUUCCUGUUGUUUCUGCUUUAACCUAGAAUGAGAAUAUCUGCCUAGGUUGAUAGAGCAUCCUUGAUUGAAGGUAGGGAGUUGGUGACUUUAGUCGAGGAGCCAACUCACUAUUCUGUACCAAAUUCACUUCGGUAGUGGAGGUUUUGUUGUUAGGGCCUCAAUCUGUUUACUCCGGUGGAGGUUAGACGCCCGCUAGAGACUCAGAUUGAGAGGGUCUGAAGACCUUUAGUCGAGACUUCAGGCUGUUUAAGAACCUUCCACAGUAUAACUAUCAUAGAAACUGAACUUGGUAAUUGCAAUCCGGCUUAACUGCAGUCUAGGGGGAACCAUAUCCGGGUGACCUCUCUUAACCUGAAAACAACAGUUUACUUGCUUUGUUUGUUUGUUAGUUUAGACUUGGGUUAAAGUUUCAUUGCUAGAUAACAAGAAUUCACCGAGUAGUCAUCAAAUCUAGGACCCGGGUUGACAUUUAAACCUAAACCCGCUAUACUACACUUUAGGAAGUGGUUUCACUUGGCCAAUUCCUAGAGUGACAGUAGAAGUGAGUCAACUAACCUCGUUGUUAUUUUCUUGUAGGUUGGGGAGAAUGUGGAUAUAUACAACCAACGGUAUUAUCUCGAGCAAGGACCGUUGGAUCCAACUGACUUGUACGACCAACCCAACCAUCGGUCAAUGGAUGUUUGGAACAAUCACCCGGUACAUACAAUUAUUCACCAUUUGUCCUUCUUUUAUUUGUUAAUGUAUUUAGUAGAAUAUAAAAUAAAUUUAUGUUGAAUUUUUAAUCGUGUUGGUUGUUUUCAAUAAUUUAAUCGAAUACAUAGCGCCACUUACUUCGACUCUUUAUAAAGAGAUGCACGUAUAAGGAAAUGGGGUUUUAAGCGAUUAUCAUAUCUUCCCAUUCCCUGGGAAAAUCGGAUAUUAAGAGAUCCUCGUGAUGAUUACGACAUCUGACUAUGAGCCUUUUAGUGUUGGAAUGAGUUGUGUGCCAUUCAAAAUGCCGAGUCAUUGCUUCAGUCUCAAUGGCGUGCUGCACCUCCUUCUUCGAGCCAAAUUGUUGGCCCUUCAUAAACCCAGUGAGUGGACCCCAUAUUGGGACCUCUGGCGGAUCCAUGUCGCCGCCGACCAUCCAAUUGUCGUCUGGAAUGUGAUUGUAGUAGGGGACUGGUACACUGUCACGAGCCACCUCAUCAUCAUUAGCUGAGUCUGACUCUAGUCCUGAAUCAUCAGCACCUUCAAGAGGGUCGGAGCUGUCUGCACUGACGUUGUUCUCUCCUUCUUCAUCGGAGGGAUCACUGACUAGUGCUGGCAGGGCAUCCUCCAUCUGAUCCAGCUCAUGAAAGGCACCUUCAUCAACUCCAUAAUGGUAGUUGUAAAAACUACCGCUGCCUAAUUGGAAGUUGUACUAAGGUUGGUUGGGGAGGUCCGGUUGAACUUCUUCUUCAUAUGACGGGAAAGAUUGAUGAUGACCUUCACCUUGCUCUUGGUAUUGAAAAUAGGAAUGAUGAUCAUGGUAACUUUGGUAGGGAUGAUCGCCAUAUAAUUCACCUCCACCAUGGAUACCAGAUGUUUGACUGUGUCCAGAAUGACUCCAACGCCUACGACCGGCUCGGUGUAAACGAACAUCUCGGCUUUGGAAAGAUUGUUGGACCUCAAGAAUUCGAGCAUGGCAUCUACCUCAUCCUGAGUGGUUAUGAGAUAUUCCUCAUGCCACAAUGACCCACUUUCUCUGUUUGGAUAUCGGUACACCAUACGAUCAACUCUUCUCGUGCCAUCCAUGCAAGUAACGUUAGUGCACAUUUGAUGGAGGUCUUCAAGCAGCGGUCUGGUAGCGACCUUUAUCUUCUAAAAAUUGCCACCGACGUAGGUGACCCCAUUUCCGGUCUCUUUCGUGUAACCAUUACACCGUAAGCCAAGCGUGAACUUUUGGAAUGUCAUCUGCAAUAAAACCGUAGUUCAGUUAAUAUCAUAAAAAUAAUAAAUAACAAUAAAAAGUAAUACAAAAUAAACUUACGAGUUAACGUUAAUAGCAAAACUACUAAAGAAAUAUAGAGCUACAACAGAAAAUUGAAAAGGGAGAAGGAGAGGUGUGAAGAGAAGUGGUUUUUCGGGAAGUCUUUUAUAGGCAAAAUCAUUGAUGAAAACCCACGUCUGUUAUUCUGCAUGGCAUGUCGGAAAUUAAUUGACCAAAACCGCACCUUGGGGGUGCGGUUUGUGUGGCAAAACCGCACCUUGGGGGUGCGGUUUCAUUUUGGAUAAACAAACCGCAUCUCCAUAGUGCGGUUUUGCUAGGUCAGGCCAAAACCGCACCUCGGCCACGCGGUUUCUGUUGGUCAGACCUGAAACUGCUUGGCCAAGAUGCGGUUUUGGUCCAGGAUUAUAAACCGCACCUUAGAGGUAUGGUUUAUGUAUAAAACGCAACUCUAAGGUGCGGUCCAUAAAAAAGGGUGCUAUUAGUGUAAAUUUUUUCGGCUGGGUGUUAUUUUUGUAAUUUUUUUUAAAAGGUGCUAUUUCUGGAAAAAUCCCACGAGUUACAACUAUAUGAGUCAGUAUCACCAAUGCCACAACCAUCCAACACUUUUUCUUGUGCAUGAGUGUCUUUUUUCUAUGACAUAUAAAAGCAUUAGCUAUGGAAUUGUAUAAAAUAGUGUUUACUUCCACCAAAUAAGACAAUGUAACAUGAUAGAACAUAAAUUAUGGAUGAUUUGUUUCUAAGAUAAAGGUGAAUCAUUUUAUAAUAGUGGUACAAUAAUAAUAAUAGGCAGGGAUAAUUCUUACUUGAUAUGAGGUCAUCAUGUAAUUAAGCAAAGGAUCAUCUCUUUGACCAUCGAAGAGCCCUCUUUAGACAAGAGGUUAUGAUGCAUAGGCAAAUAUAUAUCAACCAUAUUUUCUGGUGUAGUCUGAUAUAUAACAAAAAGAUCAAUCAAGUUAAGCACACUAAAUUUACUUCUUUUACCCAGGGCCGGUCCAUGAUAUUUGGAGGCCCUGUUCGAAAAUUUAAAAUGUGGUCCUAAAUAUUUUCUCUGAAGAUUUAUUAAAAAUAAAAUUUAUUAAAUAAUAGUAAAAAAUACUUAAGUUCAGAAAAUUUAUUACAAAAGAAAUAAUAUCAUUUAUAGUUGUUUAAAAAGUAACAACCGUCUCGUAUUAUUUUAAAUAAUGUCAUCUAUCUUUCUUCUAAUCUCACACUUUUGAGGAAAAGAUCCAUUAAAAUAAUUCAUUUUUAUAAGAAAAUAAGAAAUGCUUUUCAUGAUGAUAGAUCAUUUAUUAUUAAAGAAAAAAGUUAACAAAUAGAAAAAAGGCCAAUCCCAUUUAAAGGUCAAAAGAGAAUCUUAAUAGUAUAGCUCUAGAGGCCACUCCCAAGUCCCAACCAAAAUGCAAACUUAAAAGAACGAAAAGGAUCCAUUAUAAUUUAUAGCAGAUUUAAGGCGCUCAAUUUUUAUUUUAUAUUUUAUAAUCCCCUGAAUUCCUGAACUCAAACUUAAUUUGGGCCCAAAAAGCCUUAUGGGAGUCACGAAUAUAUAACCAAUUUGGAGCACCAGAAUCCCAACAAAAGAAGCUAUGUCCAGAAAUUUUCAAAAGAUUCAAGUGGUGAAGGCCCCCAAAGUUUAGGUAAAGAAAAAUGCUCUAAAUCAGGCCCAAUAAAUUUACAUCCAUGUUAUAUAAACGUUUUUCUAAUUUUGUAGAGUUGGUGAGCCUAUAACAUAAUAUAUUAUUUGGAGGCCCCUAAAAUGUUGAGGCCCUGUGCUGGCGGGCUGGCCAGCACGGACUAUGGGCCGGGCCUGCUUUUACCAAUAAUAACUUACAUCAUCUAAUGGAGUACUCUCAGGUAUUGCCGUUUGAUGAUUGCAGCAUAGGAAGUAUUGGACCACUUUCAAACUUAUCAAAAUCCUCUUCUCCAUCCAGAUCAUUCUAUAGGCAUGCAUAAUAAUAAGAACCAUUUUGAAUAAUCACGAACGUCAAAUAGCAUGAAUAACAAUAGGGUAUCCUUCUUAUAAUCACAAAAAAUUAAGCAAUGGACCAAGUAAUCGCACCUCAUCAUCUGGUGAGUCCAUUAUUUCAUCCAAGUUCAGAUUUGGAUUGCUCUUGUGUAGCAAAGCGAGGAUCUUGUCCUGUUGCCCCAACACUUUGUUCAGUUUUUCUUCCACCCGUUGUGCUUUCUCUUCAGCUUUUUUUUUUUUUUUUGGCCUCCAAUGCCGUCUUUACAAUUGAGCGCCGAGAAUCCUUCACGCCCCGUUUGGGUCCUAAUCCAUGUGCGAUUGAGUAAUAAGGUUUGUCUUGUAGCACUUGUGAUAAUAUGUCAUUGGGUCCAGAACUAUCAUGUGAACUUAGGAGCUUCAGACUGCAUUUUAUCCUUCACCUUGUCCUGAAACCCACAGAUUGUAGAAUUUAUACUUGUGAAACACAGAAAAUGAAAUAAACACAUAAUUGACAUAAGAUUCUUUGAUAUUAAAAUGUUAAACAUAAUUCUUGAGUACUUACAAUGAUCUCAGCAACUUUAGCAUUCAAUGGUUGGCCAUUGGGACGUACAUGGCUAGCAUGUCUCUAAGAAAUUUUUUAGUUAUAGAAGCGAUUAUCCUAUUUGGCUUCUAUACGUGUACACAACUAUAAAAUAUUUACAUGGACAGAUAUAAGUGGCACACUAGGAAUCCUAUAUCUUAUCUACAUAAAAACAUUGGAUUUUUUUAUUAAAAGAAAAGACGCUUGAUAAUUUGGUAAAAUAUUUUUUUUUGUUGAAAAAAUAGUUUGAUAAUAUAUGACUGUAGUUUAGUGAGUUUGUUUUAGAUUAUGUCAAGUAUAUGCAUAAUUUAUUUGGUAUUUGAGGUUCCUCACAUAUUUUGUUAAAACUUAAAACCAAUUUAAACUGGUUGAACUCGAUCUGAUCAUUAAGUCUCAAAUCACUUGUCAAACGAGAUGAUGCCCUAUUCCGAUUUGACAAUCUUGAUCCUCUCAUUUCCAUCCACCAAAACUUCGCCCCCACCCCACCCCUGCCUUGCCUAUGAAUCCAUCCUCCUAUGUCCGAUCUCAAGUUGGUGUCUGUUUUGACAACCAGCAUCCGACGAUCUUCCAAUCGAUCUCUUUCUUUCUUCAGUGAGACCAAACCGUACUAAAAACCGUGGUUUAGAUCGUACCGUAUAGUUUGGACCAGACCGUUAGACUAGAAAUACAAUUUGAUUUGAUCCGUGAUCUACCCCUUUAGGUUGUUAUCUGAAAAGGCUUGGUCUGGUCUGGUCCAGACAACAGUUAACCUUCUAGAUAGUGACCCCCAAGCUCAAUGCACCAACCAAUAGUUCCCCGCGUCCCCACCCCAACUUACUCUCUUCUCUCAACUUACAUUUAACCCAGUUUCCCCAAAUUGGAAAGAAAAAAAAUCCUAGCUCCCCCCUCUCUGCCGUCUGAAUGGGGAGCGGAUCAGGUCAGUAACCUUAUGGUGAGUAACCAUGAGUAACUCGUCUACAUCAGCAUCCUCUCUCUUCUGGAAAGCCUUUAAUUUUCCUCUCCUUAAUCUUUGACGGACGAUUUCUCACUCGUUUUAAGUCGAAUUUUUUUUUUUGCACAGUUAGAUCAGAUUAAUUAUGCUCUUCAAAAUGAUAUCCACUUUGAUAUAUCUUUCUAACAAAAAAAAUUGAGCCAUUUUUUACGAAUCUAUAUCAUAUGGUAUUGACUGGUAUUGAAAUAAAAGCAUACCUAUGGUUUGAAAAGCGUACCAUGGUGGUAUGAACAAACCAAGACUGUAGGAUGGUUGAAUACAUGAUAGUAGAAGUAUAUUAAUUGUCAUUUACGACUUUUAACAUUGUGUACCACAAGAUAACACCCCGUACCAGGGUGGUAUUGUAUGGUAUUGUGUGGUAUUUUUUGGUCCUGUAAUUUGUUCACCCAGAAAUUUGUAGAUCCAAUAGAUCAUGAUGAACUCGUCCCUUCUGUGCAAACGUUUUCAAAAACGAAUUAAAAACGAAGAAGAUACCAUAUGGUAUGCAGUUGGUACCAAGAGGCCGGAAUUUUUUUUUCUAAAAAAAUAUUGAAAAUUGAUCUCAUUUUGUAAAGCACGAUGAAUUCGUUCCAUCUAUGCAAAAAAAAAAAAAAUUAAAAUCCGAUUUUAAACGUAAAAAAUAUGAAUCUAUUAAGAAAGCUAGGGAAAAUAAAAAUUGCAUUUAAUUCUCCAUCCUUAUAUUUGAAUUUUCUAAAUGAAGGGUCCAGAUUUGGUUAUUGAUGGGUGCAUAACCCAUAUCUUGAGCCGUCUGAAUGUCCGGGUAACCCUCACAUUCAUCCACCACUAGAAGGCAGAGACCAAGACUGAGACAACCAGCACCGUCGAUUUCUAACUCCACGACGACCAACACCAUCGUUGGCCGGAGGUUGUUGGAUGGAGGCCGACCGGACCAAAAUCACGAUGGAUGGCGGCCCUCCCUCCUCCAACCAGACUUCUCCAACCCUCAAUCAACCAAACUCAACAAAUCUUGACUUCAAUCUCUUAAGAACCACAUGGCUAUGGAUUUAUGUGCUUAAUUAGUUCGUUUGUGAAAGACUGGAUUUUCAGUUAUAUGUAGAGUGGACUGAUUAUCAAAGAAUAUUGAUACUGGUUGAUGAGUUUUCCUCGCACCGCCUACUUGUCUACAACAAUUAGCUAUUACCCGACUCGGUUUACUGAUAUAGGAUUUUUUUCCAAGCCGAUAUUUGAAUUAUUUAAAGAACUAUAGCAGAGAGGAACGAAGUCAUUUGAACGAUAGGAAGACACCAGGUUUAGUCUGUUGUAAAAUAAGUAAUUGAUUUGAAGAGGAAGUCAAGCAAGGAUAAAGAUGACGACUUUUAUUGUUUGCAAAUUAUCCCAUGCAUAGUUAUUAGGAAACAUGAUAUAUAUGACACCAUCUCAGUCCAAAGAUCUAAUAUGAGAGAGCUACUCUCUCUUCUUUAUCACAGUUUUUGAUUCUCGAUCUGGAGUUGAUCCCCUGCAUUUGCGAUAGCAUAUAUCUUCGCAUGCCUGUAUUGGACCAUGGCAAUCUCCGAGGCACUUGGAGUAACAUAUCAGUCGCUGGCGAGGAUUACUGGCGUGGCAGUAAGGCAGAGGAACAACAAUCAGCAGCAGAGCCACCAUUAUUGCCAAAAACAUCCAUGGUGGGUUGGCCUUCAUGCUCAAUUCAGCCUAUAUAUGCUUUCUCUGCGAUUCGAUGGUUGGAAACUGUGAUGCUUUCUAGUUGAUGUAAUCCUUUUAUAGUGUGAUAAAUUUGCACCUUAGGA